CAUGCAGCGGAGCUUUACCAGCAUUCCAAUGUCGAUCGAGUUCAGCUGUCUCGCCUCCACUCUAGCUCUCCACCAAUGAAAACGUGAGAACGAAUAAAGAGUGAGAGGGAGGGGGGUUAAAGAGGUGGAUGUGAUAUUGUAGUAGAGCGUAACAGACAGACAGACUGUCAGACAGACAGACAGACAGACGAGUGUAUGAGAGUGUGUAAUCCCUGGCGUACAAAACAGAGGUUGAAGGGACAAAAAAAAUGGUCACAUUUCGCAGACACCUGAAAACGUGCUGGUUAUUGUGGGCGCGGUAUAUUGCCUAUUAAUUGGUGGGUAGGCUUAAACUACUUCCAUACUUCUGUCUUCAUGUUCAUGGUGACUGUACACUGUAACUUGAGCUGAAUUCUUGGAAUUUCUUAUCACAGAAAGCUUGUUAUGUUACAGUGAUAGUUCACUGUAGCCUACACACGACUUACUGGAACCAAGCAAUCAGUCUACGGACCGCAAAGGCACUGAACCUGUACGCAAUUACGCAGGUUGGAAACGAUUUGUGACGACCGGCUACCUAUUUUGGUUUUACUCAACUGAAUUGAUUAUAUCCACUUCACGGGUUUGAAGAACCCCCCAAUGACCUGCGUACGGUCUCAUUGCUCAUAUAAUUGGGAUACCCGUUCUAUGCUUUCUUUGCGGUUUAUGACUCUAUCACCUAUAUCAACUAAACUCCUUGACUACAAGAGACAAAUCGACGUUGAAUAAUUAUAACACCGCUUACAAAUCAACGAAACACCGGGAAACAUGGACAACAGCCCUGGUGGUGUGAUACUGUAUGCUGGCUCAUCCGGGAGCGCCAGCCCCAGCCCUGGCAGCCCCUCAAGCGGGUACCAGACACAAUCCCCCCGUUCCUCCCACUCCCAACCCUCCUCUCCGGAACCGGUCUCGUUUGCCGAGAUCAGCCCCCUGAAGAGAGGGAGAGAAGAAAACCGGGGUGGACCCUCGCCCAAACUGGUCUUCCAGUACCAUGAAGCCAAUGCCACUACAACCACUAUGUCCUCAGGCAAUACCUACGCCCAUCCCAUGGUUGCCAAGAGACCCUGUGGCUUCACCGGUACCUUCACCAAGACAGGAGGCAUGGUUCUCCUGUGUAAGGUGUGUGGGGACAUCGCGUCUGGCUUCCAUUACGGCGUGCACGCCUGUGAAGGGUGCAAGGGAUUCUUCCGCCGCAGCAUUCAGCAGAACAUACACUACAAGAUGUGUGUGAAGAACGAGAGCUGCAUGAUAAUGCGCAUGAACCGCAACCGUUGCCAGCACUGCCGCUUCAAGAAGUGUCUCUCGGUGGGCAUGUCCAGAGAUGCUGUUCGUUUUGGGCGUAUCCCCAAGCGUGAGAAGCAGAGGCUAUUAGAUGAGAUGCAGAGCUACAUGAACAGCCUAAAUGAAUCCGCUUCCAUGGAGAUUGACUCUUCCCCUUCUUCCUCGGAUGCCCCAGCUAGCCCGGAAUCUGGGGAGUCCAUUUCUUCUGGCUACAACAGCAUCUUCGCCCAAGAGGAUGUGAAGCCAGUAAUCAGAAUGGCCAACAACAAAAACAACAUCCGCAACAAUCAAUCACACGAGUCUGGCUACUCUCACGCCGCACCUCCGACCCACUUCCGCUCCAACUCCUCCCAAGGGUACCAGUCACACCCAACACAAAGCUACCAGACCCCCUCACGCUGCCCACGCAACAACCACGUGGACAACGCCCAGUAUAACUUCAAACCCACAUCCAAUCAGAGUCCGUGUCCUAUGUCAAGUGAAAGCCAGUCGACUCAGACGUUUCUUGCCAAUCGCAACAGCUUCCCCGCCGACGAGUCUCAGAACGUGACCGCCUGCCCCUGGAAGUUGAGUGGUGGCGCCAAAGUUCUGGCAUGUCCCUUGAAUGCAUGUCCCAUGGCCCCCCGUGACCACUCCAGCCAGCAGAUCUGGGAGGCCUUCUCCCAGUGCUUCACCCCGGCUGUUAAGGAGGUGGUGGAGUUUGCCAAGAGCAUCCCUGGGUUCCAGAAUCUAAGCCAGCAUGACCAGGUCUUGCUGCUUAAAGCCGGCACCUUCCAAGUGCUGAUGGUCAGGUUCUGCUCACUUUUCGACCCCAAGGAGAAGACUGUGACCUUCCUGAACGGUCAGACGUACCCCCUGCCGUCCCUCCGGGCGCUGGGCAUGGGUUCUCUGCUGGAUGCCAUGUUUGAGUUCAGUGAAAAGCUGGGAGCUCUGGGCUUGGAGGCUGAUGAGAUGGCCCUCUUCAUGGCUGUGGUGCUGGUGUCUGCUGACCGUUCAGGUAUGGCUGACGUUUUUGCAUUGGAGCAGCUUCAGGAAAGUCUGAUCAAAGCCCUGCGCUCACUUAUCACCCGCCGUCGCCCUGACGACAGCUCCCUUUUCCCCAAACUAUUACUGCGCCUGCCGGACCUGCGUACACUCAACAACCUGCACUCCGACAAGCUGCUGGCCUUCAGCAUCGACCCCUAAAGGCCCGGUGAAACUAAAGCCUGCAGGGGUAACCACUGACUCCCGGACCCACAAAAGGGUCAGUCCUUUGGGGAACACCUUCAUGACCCCUUCACUCCAGCCACCAGCUGGUCACCACCAAGCUCUCCUCAAUGGGCUGUGUAUGCUGGAGCUAGGACUGGGGCAGGAGAAGAGGCUGGGUUGGACAGGGUGAAGAAGUGGACUGAGAGGCAUCUCUGAGGAAGAGGAAAAGAGGAGUGUAUGUGGAGUUUUUUGAACUUUGACCCAGACCCCAUGACUUCCAAUCAAGUCGUAUGUUGCAGGUUAGACGGCAAACAAACAUCUUAGUCCAACACAACUCUCCAAGGUGAGGGAUGUGGGUAUACGAAUCCUCCUUUACCCAUAAUUCCCAGUGACAGUGACUUAAGACCAAAAGACGGUUCCAUUCCUUCUCUUCCAUUCCACACCUAUGUCCUUCUGUCUCACCACAGACAGCCAACCAGCAGGGAGGAAGCACACUCUUCAUGCCAGGAAGGAACAUAAACUGACAAACUGUUUUUUUCUUCCUACACUAAAGGACAAACAAAGCACUUUCCAGACAUCAACCCAAAUGACAGAGCAAUAGCAAUAUAGAACACACUAUUAGAUCCCUGACUGACUGUGUAUGCACUGUUAAAACAACCUAAGCUAUUUUCAGAAUCACACCAUCAAUCUUAUCUUUUUGAAAGUCCAGCACUUGGGAUUUGAUAAGACAAUUUAUUAUUUACAUUUUUAAGUAUUGAGAGUAUGAUGCAUUAUAUUUGUAUGCUGUAAUCAGGGAGAAACUAUUUGGUCAUUUUAGACCACAUUUGUCGGGUCAUAUGUAUUAAGGUAUUCUAUUGUUGUACAUAUUCGCUAUAAUGUGUGACUGUUCCCUACUCCAUUUGUUUGAGUUGGCUGCUGUAUGAUGUGAGCCACAUUGAAGACAACUCGGGGGCACUGUGUUGUAGAGUUGCCAACUGUGUGGCGGGAUCCAAUGAUGCAUCAACUCCAGUGUCCAGUGGUCUUCCCUUCAUAAACUAAUGCUUAUAACCCUGAUCCUUAUCACAACAAGACAGCCGUCAAUGAAACCAGUGCUCAAAACAUGUAAAAAAAAAAAGUUUGAUUUCAGCCUACAGUAUAUUAUUGAAAUAUAAACUAUUGAUCAAUGCAUCACCUUGUGUAUAUUUUGUAAAUGUUUCAUGAUUAAACCUCUGUAGAGAACCAAUAUUAAAUGAUAUUAUAUACCUUA